UUUCUCACUUGACGGAGAGCAAUGUGUGUGUGUUAUUUUGGAUGCCUAAAACAUAUAUAGUAAAAAUUCAAACUAGUAGUAUAUAUACACACUAAUAUAGAGAAACGAUCACGAUCAAGCAUGGAAAAGUUAAGCAAAGGCAAACGGGUGGCACGCGAAGAAAAGCAGCGCGAGCAAAAGGUCGAAGAUGUGGUGCUCAAAUCGCUGGAUGAAUUUGCCAGCAGUGAGGACAAACUGAAGGCACUGCUGCAGCGACAUGUGGAGAGCGAAAAGAACGUGGCCCGGCUAAACACAGAGAUGCGCGCCCUGCAACGGCACAUGGAGAGUCAGCAGCGGGAGAAGGAGAACGUGCAGCGGGAGUUGAACAAGAGCGUGCUGAUGCGCGACAAGCUGCAGGAGGUGUGCCGGGAGCAGCAGCGCAUCCUCAAGUCGGUGAAGAAUGAGAGCAUGCUGCAGAUCAAGGUGGAGGAGGAGCGACGCAAGGAGAGCCAGGCCAAGUUCCAGAACUCGUUGACCGAGGUGCAGAAGUCCCUAACGAAGAACAACGAGGAGAACAUCAAACUGCGUGAUUACAACAUCGAAAUGACCAAAAAGUUAAAACUGCUGGCGGAACAGUAUCAGGCGCGUGAGAAGCAUUUGGAGAAGCUCAAUGAGCAGGUGCAUCUGGAGUCGCAGCUGCAUCAGGCGAAGCUCAACAAGGCCCAAGUCGAGGCGGCCAUGGAGAAGGAAAUACUCACCAAAGAAAACCAAAUUGGACUGGAGAAAUUGCUGCAGGCGCAACGCGCCAUCAAGGAUCUAACGGAGCGCGAGCAGCAGCUGAAGGAGCAACUGAAUAUUUACACGGCCAAAUACGAUGAUUUCCAGCAAUCGUUGCAGAAAUCAAACGAAGUCUUUGGCAGCUACAAGGUCGAGCUGGAGAAGAUGUCGAAGCACACCAAGAAGAUCGAAAAGGAAGCUCUGGGCUGGCGUCAGAAAUACGAGAAAGCCAAUGCCAUGGUCAUUGAACUGGCCACCGAGAAGCAGCAGCGCGAUCAGCUCUCGGAACGUCUGCAAAAGCAAGUGGAGCAGCUGCAGAAACUGUUGCGUGCUCUGCAACUGGAACGCACCACAUUGCAUCAGACGCUGCGCGAGCAGAACAUUGAGAUUCCCGCCAUGCCGCAGCUGCCACCGGAGCCGACGCCCAUCAAGAUUGCGCCUGUGAAUUCGGACAAUGCCAAAAUGGAGUUGAUGACGCGCAAUUGCGCCGAGUUGAAGCAAACGUUGGCCAAUCUGCAGAAUCAAAUGAAGUUGCUGACCACCAAUGAUGCCAAAAUCGCUGCUGCCGAGGCGGAGAAGUGUCGACAGGCCGAGGAGCAACAACGGGCCGCAAGCAAUGCCAAGAAGAAUAACAAAAAGAAGGCGGCCAAGUCAAAGGCAAAGGCGGCGGCUGCAGCAGCUGCAGCUGCCACAGCGUCCUCGGCAGCUGAACCGGAGCAAGAGGGAGAGCAACCAGAGCAGGAGGAGCAGCAGCAGCAGCCAGAGGAGGAACAGGAGUCACCUGUGGAAAGCGUGUCGGAAACCACAUCGGAGACUGUUGUCGAUACUUCAGAGACUGUUAAUGAAACGAAAGUGCCUGAUUUAAUUGAUUCGAAGUCGGAUUAAGAGGCGUCUCAACGUCUCCCACCUCAAUGCCAUUGCCUCGUCAUCCUCGAUCCCCUCUCAACUGUUUUUGUACGUGCGAAAUUCAUGUCACCUUCUCCACAAAAUCUCCUUCAUAUUUGUGCAUUUUGUUUUAGCAAUUUUUAUUAAGUGUGUCGCAAAAAAGAGUAACUUUUGAAACUCAACAGCAAUCAAUCACAAACCAUAAUCGCUAUAAAAUAAUUAUUUAUUGUAUUUUAUAAAAAAAACAAAGUAAAUUAUAUAUUUAUUAAUGCGCUGUUCAUACGCUGAUGUCAAAACAAUAUUGAUUAAAACGUUUUCCUAGAAAUAUCA